UCUUUGGAUUCCCAUGAUGCAUCGCUUCGACAGGGACUGAAGAAAAGGCGGAGUUGACUAUUUUGUCUAUAAAGAAUAGCUUUGGCGAAACCAUUGAAGCUUGGUUGAGGGAACAAAUGGUUUGGGGUUGGGUCAGGCAGUGGUAGCACCGGUUAGACUCAUUGUCUAACUGUAAACAGUAAUGAGAGGAGGAAAAUAAAAAAAACAUAUUUGUAAUGCAAACUUUUAAACACUCGUUUUUAAAAUGACAGAUAUUAAUAAGACCAUCCAGAAAUGGCAUGCCAGUUUUAGUAAAGGCACAGACUUUGAUUCCUGGGGACAGUUAGUGGAGGCAAUUGAUGAAUACCACAUAUUAGCAAGGCAUCUACAGAAAGAGGUUCAGUCAUCCAAUUCUUUUGAUUUAACAGAAGAUCAAAAGAAAACAUUAGGGAAAGUUGCAACAUGCCUUGAAUUGCGGAGUGCAACUUUGGAGUCCACCCAUCCCCAAGAAGAGUUCAAGCUGGAAGAUCUGAAGAAACUAGAACCCAUCAUUAAAAAUAUUCUGACUUUUAACAAAGAUUUUCCUUUUGAUGUUCAGCCAGUCCCUGUAAGGAAGAUUUUAGCACCUGGUGAAGAAGAGAAUUUAGAGUUAGAGGAAGAGGAUGAUGCUGGAGCAGGAUCGCCAGAUUCCUUCACUACAAAAGUGCCUGGAGCUUUUGAAGGCACUUUGUUACCACGGUUACCUUCUGAACCAAAAAUGACACUACUUACAAUUAAUAUAGAAAAGAUUGGACUUAAAGACGCUGGACAAUGCAUUGAUCCCUACAUAAGCGUUAGCAUAAAGGAUUUGAAUGGGAUUGAUUUGAACCAUAUGCAAGACACUCCUGUGGUUUCACGAAAGGAAGAUACAUACAUUCAUUUUAAUGUGGACAUAGAAAUUCAAAAACAUCUGGAAAGACUACCUAAAGGCUCAUAUUGCUGCGAUUUCCAGCAUUUUACCUGGCUGGGCAGGCCAUCUGGUGUUCUCAUCCUAUGACAUCAAAAUUUAUUUGGGAGAUUAACCAUCUAAGACCCCCACGAAAACAUAUAUUUUUUUAAAGCUGUCAUGCUUUUGAACCCAAACCUUGUCAACUUACUGGACAGAAACAACUGACUUUUGGCGUCCUUACCUGGGUAUUCAGAGGCCGCUGUGAGAGAAAUGGGAGGAUAUCGAGCUGUAGCUUUGAAGAGCCUCAGGACACCAAUUCAUUUAUCUUUUGGUCUUCAGUGAAGGGUCAUUUCCAUCACCCGCAGCAAAUGGCUGCAAAGUGUCUAGCUGUACCCAGCAAUACUAGUGAUGUCGAAAAAAUCUUUCGGUGUAUGAGCCUGAAGCCAACACCUCGCUGAGCUAGCAGAAGUAUAUAUGAACAAAUAAACUGAAUGGCUUUGUAUACAGCGUGGUUUUUUUUAUUAUUAUUUUUUUAAAUAUAUAAACGAUUCAGUCAUUAGCACUGCAGAGAAAAUUCAGUAAGGUAACUACACUUGUUUUUAAUUUUAAUACUUCAUAGUUUUUGCUGUAUUUUCAUAUGCAUUUAUGGCUGUGUUGUUCAUAAACUUAAGGAUCAGUGUGCAAAGAAGGCUUAAAGGCCAGUGACUUAUUUUGUCUCUCUGUUCUGGUCUUAGUUAAUGAACAUGUUUUGUACAGAACUUUGCAUACUUUUUCACAAUGCAGAAUGUGUUGUGUAGAUUUAAUUCAAAUUUGUUGCCAUGCUUCUGAAAAGACUUUUGAAUGCUGGUGGUGGGGAAUUAAAGUAGAGAAGCAUGUCAGUCUCAGACAGGCUAUAGUGCACAGUGCUUCAUUCAUGGAACAGAAUACAAAGAAACACUAAUAUGCAACCCCACCUCACUUGCCUACAAUCAGCAUUUCUUGCUGGAAUAGCAGUAAGCAUGGCAACAAAUUCUCUAAGUUUAACAACAAUUGAUAAUCAUACAGAACCCAAUGAAACAAUAUAUAAAAUAAGGUUUUAUAGAUGGAGUCUUUAGAGUAUGGCUAUUUAUUUGGCUGAAAUGAUUUUUGCUUGAUGUGGGCUGCAGAUUUAUUUGUUUGUUUGUU